AGUUUAUGGACUACUGGAUGCAAUUUAUUGUAAUAUUUAACGGCCCUUGAUUCAUCAUCCCAGGUGUGGUUUGCAAUCUAACGGCCCUUGAUUCAUCAUCCCUGGUGUGGAACAGUCUCUCCGGCCUCAUUCCAGCGUCUCAAUGAGGACGGCCUCAAAACAGCGUCGUAUUGCAGAUUUAUAUGUUCAAGACGGGGUCGUUUUACUGCAAUCUUGAACCCACCCUGCGAGUCCCCCAGCCGGGAAGGCAACGAAGACUGUCAUUUUCCACUAAAUGGUCUAAGCAUCACCCCUCGUCGCCGCUCUCAUCCUUGAGAUUGAGAAGUCUACCAAGCAAUUCUGGCAGAGAGUGUGCGCGUGUGUGUGAGAGAGUGAGUGAGUGUGUGUGUUUUCUUCGUGUGUGUUGUGUAUUUGGGUGCAGUAAGAAAUGGGGGAAGAAGACGAUCCACAGAAGUUGAAAAAGAUAGCGGCGGCGGCGUACGACUACGAGAGUGACCCUAGAUGGGCCGAGUACUGGUCUAAUAUCCUCAUCCCUCCCCACAUGGCCUCUCGCCCCGACGUUGUCGAUCACUUCAAGCGCAAAUUCUACCAGCGUUUUAUUGAUCCUGAUCUUCUGGUUGAGUCAAUGUCUUCAAAUGGUUCUUCGCAGCAAUCCAGGCCAUCGGCGACGUCCCCAACGCCACCCCAACCCCAAAAUGACCAAGCACGAUUUCGUAAUUCAGGGUCCACAACUAGAACGUCUGGGACAUCAGCAGCUUCAGGUCCUAACCCUACUACUGUGCGCUGGGAUCGACAAACUAUUCAAUUUUCAAUCAAUGCCUGGGUGUUUGUGGUGGCUGUGCUCGCACUCUUUCCUCUUGUACCAAGAAAUCUUUCAAAUAGGGCAUAUCGACUUUCCUUUAUGGGCACUACAUGUUCCUCUCUGUAUUCUCUGUAUUCAAUAUACGGGAAACCACGGGCAUGGAACUUGCAGGCUGUACAAGCAUGGUUUCAGUCAGUAAUUGUAGCCAAGGAUUUUAUCCACUUUAUUUACUGCCUGACAUUCAUCAGUUCGCAGCUUCCGCUAAAAUUUGCUUUAAUUCCUGUUUUAUGUCGAGCUGUUGAGCACAUUGCCAAGUUCCUCAGGCGUAAUUUCAGUCGGUCCUCCUUAUAUAGGAAGUACUUGGAAGAGCCUUGUGUGUGGGUGGAGUCAAAUGCUACUACUCUCAGCAUACUGUCUUCACAUUCUGAGAUUGGGCUUGGCUUACUUCUAAUUGUCUCCCUGUUUUCGUGGCAACGCAACAUAAUACAGACAUUCAUGUAUUGGCAGCUACUAAAGCUCAUGUAUCAUGCUCCUGUGACUGCUGGCUAUCAUCAAAGUGUGUGGGCCAAGGUUGGGAGGGCUGUUAACCCGCUUCUGUACCGUUAUGCCCCAUUCUUGAACACUCCAAUUUCAGCAGUUCAGAGAUGGUGGCUCCGGUGAAAGCCAAAAGAGUAGGAAGAGGUGGAACAAGAAAUUUAACAGCAUUGAAGAUUUCACUUCCAGUGUUCCAGGGCUCUUCCCCCCUACCUUUUCCCCAUCCACGCACUAAGAAUGGAGUAAAGGAUUGUCUUCCCUUUGCGUUUUAAGUCGCAUAGAUGUUUGAACAUUCUAAUAUAUAAACAUUUAAUCUGUUGGUGUGCCACAUUGUUCAACCGUGGAUCUUAUAGACUUUAGUUUUGAUCUUGCAAUCUCAUCCUCUCUCCAAAGCUUCUUCAUGUUGGGUUUAGUACUUCAUUUUGGGCUGGUAUGCAUAAUCUCUUUGAUAAUAUGUCAGCACAAUUGAGCGAGUGGCAGCCAUCUAUGCCUUUCUUCCAUGUGUAAUAGCUGAUUUUUAAAAGUGAAGUGGGAACAGUAUUUCACCCGAGCUUAAAGAAAAGUGAAGUAGAAACACUAUUUUCUCUCA